AUGGCAUGUGAGCAGACCCUGGUCAAACAACUGGACACCAUCCUCAGCACGCUCAAUGACAUUUUCAAUGAAAGCAGUAAGCUGCUGUGGGAGCUGCGUCAGGAGGCGGCAGCCUGCUUGGGUCUGCUCUCCACUGUGCUCAGCUACGAGGCCGAGCGCAUCUUCAAGUGGCUUUUUCUCAAGUUCACUUCUAGCAGUCGAGAUGAGGUCAAACUGCUGUACCUCAUGGCAGCGCACAGAGCUUUAGAGGCAGCUGGAGAGAGAAAGGCCUUCUCUCAUAUCAUGCAGCUGGUGAUGAGCAACCUGCAGUCUAUUCUGGAGAAUGUGGACACACCAGAGUUGCUGUAUCAGAGUGUGAAGUGCAUUCUCCAGGUGGCUCGCUGCUACCCUCAUGUCUUCAGCACUAACUUCAGAGACACAGUGGACAUUUUGGUGGGUUGGCACAUUGACCACACUCAGAAGCAGUCACUCACUCAGCAGGUGUCAGGCUGGUUACAAAGCCUGGAACAGUUCUGGGUUGCAGAUCUGACCUUCUCCACCACCCUGCUGGGGCAGUUCUUGGAAGAUAUGGAGGCAUAUGCAGAGGAUCUGAAUCAUGUGAUGUCAGGUGAGGCACUGGAUGAAGACAUCCCUCCCCCCUCGGUGUCACUGCCAAAACUAGCAGCUCUGCUGAGGGUUUUCAGUACGGUGGUCCGCAGCAUUGGAGAGCGAUUCAGCCCUUUAAGAGGACCCCCCAUCACUGAAGUCUACGUCACUGAUGUUCUGAACAGAGUCCUGGCGUGUGUGAUGGCAGCAAAGCAGGUCCAGUUCUCAGAGGUGGUUCUGACAGCAGGAAAUGAGUGUGUUGGGGUAUUACUGGCCAGUGUGGAGCCCUGCGGGCAGCUGAUGGAAACUGUCCUUGCCUACGGCCUGGACCAACUUGCCUGCUGCCGGGCCUGUGGUUCUGACUACAGCCUGGCCGUGCUCAGUCUCCUUACUCUGAUUGUGGAUCAGGUCAAUACGAAGCUACCCGUGUCUUUUGUUGACAAGCUGCUGGCUCCAGACUCCCAGCUCCUGUACCUGCGUUUCCAUCCAGAGAAAGAGGUGUUGUCUGCUGUACAUGGGGUAUAUCAUGCGCUGCUGAGUCUCAAAAACAUCCCCACACUGGAGGCAGCUUAUAAAAUGGUUUUAGGUGAGAUGGCAUGUGCCCUUUCCAGCCUGCUUGGGAGCAUGGAGCCUGGUGGGACAAACCUGGCUCCUAGUAGCCCCUGUGCCAGUAUCCAGCACCCUGCUUUUGCUUCUUGUACCCUACCUGUGGAAAAAGCCGAGUUCACCCUCAUCUUCAACCUCAGCACCCUUACCACCAUUGGAAACACCAAGAAUUCUCUCAUUGGGAUGUGGGCACUAUCUCCGACGGUCUUCACUCUUCUGAGUAACAAUCUGAUGCUGGUUCAUGCUGAGCUGGCAGUCUACUACCCCACCAUCCAGUACGCCGUCCUCUACUCCUUGUUUUCACACUGCACCAGACAUGAUCAUUUUAUUUCAUCCAGCCUGUCAUCAUCAUCUCCCUCUCUGUUCGAUGGCGCCGUCAUCAGCACCGUUACCACGGCGACAAAGAAACAUUUUAGCACUUUGCUAAGCCUCCUGGGAAGUCUGCUGUCAAAGGAGCACCUUUCCUCUGAUGCCAGGAAGCUUCUGCUCACCUGGGCUCAGGAAGUUUCUCUGCUCAUGAUGAAAUGUGAAACCUACAGCCCUCUGUUCUCCCUGCCCUCCUUCAACAAGUUCUGCAGGGGCCUGCUGGAUAAUGGUGAGGCUACCAUCUCCAUCCAAGAACUCUUAAUGGUUUUAACGUUGUCAAAAACGUUUUGA